CGUCACACUGCUGCCUUCGGUUAUUAUUCCCAGGAAAACGAUGUACUUUCACUUUCUGUUUACUAGUUACAAAAGAAAAGGAAGAAACAGUUUUAUCGUAAUUAUCGUGUCCUUAAAGUAAGUAAAAUGCGUCUGGACGAAUUUAUUGAACGGCUGAAAUUUAUCCCAAGUUUCUUCACUCUGGACAUGUCCAACCUCCAAACUAGUAAACUUCAAACUAUGAAAGUUAAAAUAGAAGAGCAGGAACCGGAUAAAUCCACUGAAACAGUUAACAAUAAUCUAGUAUCAUUUCUUAAGUUUAGUCUUGUCAAAGACUUUGGUUCCUGCGAGACCAAAAACUCGUGGGUUUUAGAGAGGAAUCCAUGCAACAUACAAGCAAAUGUCAUGAAAGCUGUUCUAUAUUCUCAAAUGGACAGAAUUAGCGAGGCAGAAGAUAAAUUCAAAGAACUUAAAGAAUUAAGCAAAGACGAUUAUUUGAUGGCCGAAGCUACAGCAGAAAACGCAUAUGCUUACUCAAGAAUGGGACCAAUAUAUUAUAAUACAGCCAUUGAACUGUAUGAGGACGUUAUUCAAAAAUAUCCAGACCAAUAUGACUGGAAAUAUCGCAUGGCACUAACUAUACGUAGAUGCCAACAUUCGGGCAUUUUCGGUCUAUUACCCGCAAUUGACCCCGUAGCAAACUUCCACAGGGCUAAAGGAAUGUUUGAGGAUGUAAUUGAGAAUAGUGAAGAUAGAAUAUUAAAAGCCUUGUCUUUUAAUGGCCUGGCCCAGCUGCAUCACGGAUAUUGUGCGGAGAAGAUUACUUUCGGCGACAUGGGAUUUCAAACAGAAGAAGCUGUCAAAGAACGGAUCUUUGUAUAUUUAACCAAUGCUAAUGAAUUCUCUGAUGAUGAUCAGAAAGUUUUAACGGUAACUGGUCGCUUACUGAGAAAACUGGGAAAAUUAGAAUUGGCUAGAAACGUAUUGGAGAAGGCUAUGACCAUACACCCAACCACUAUAUGUUGUGAGAACCUCGCUUUAACUAUAAGAGAUAUAGAUGGUGGGUAUACACCAUUAGUGAUUGAUCGCUUGACACAGGCCGUGGAAUUAAGUAAAGGUCUUAACCUGUUCGCCAUGGAGCAAUUAGGUAUAGCUCAUAAGGAGUCCGGGAAUCUCGAAAAAGCUCUGGACUGUUUCAAAAUACUCGCUGACGGAACUGACUAUCUUUAUCAACGACAGGGCAACGAGAGAGCAUCAGGCUGUUAUAAAUUACUCGCGAAAGACGGGGGCAUUUCCUCAGAAGAAAAAAAUAGAUGUUAUAAUGAAUACAAUCGCUGUAGAAGAGAGUGCAUUAUUAGUGCUGUUAAGCUUCAUCUUCGAGAUGGCAAAGGCCCAGAAAUAGAAAAGGUUUCAGUGAGGGAUCUUUUCCAUGAUUCCGGAGUCCAUACCCGUUACAGCGGUUCAAACUUAGAUCAGGUUAAACGAAUUGUGAGAUUUCAAAAAAAAUCUCUCGGUUUUAACAGUGAUAUUAAAUUGGCUUACGGAAAAAGGGAUAUUAAUGACGCUUUUAAAAAUUUGAUACACACAUUUUUAAAGUUAAAGGAAUAUAAUGACUGUAUGGAUUUAGCCACCAUAUUAACGUUAACGGAUAUACCAGAAAUAGAGAUGAUAGCAGUGGAGGUUAUGAUGGAUAUUGUUGGAGAAACGGCUGACGACACCAUUGUAAACUCCUGCUUUGAACGAGCAAUGACAAUUUCUUACAAUGCUAAGGAAGUGGAUUCACAUGUCCGCCUUAUCUAUGAUACCACAACUUGUAAAGAAGAGGCAGAUAAGAUUGAUGAAUGGCUGGUAGGAGUAGGGUUAAAGGUAACCAAGAAUCGGGAUGAUAUCUUUCAGUUCCAAAACAAAAAACAGGCCCUGUUGACGGCCAUGUCUGAUUGUAAUAUCGUGGUGUUAUGCAUUUUUAAAAAUAACAACACGAACUUAGUGGAAGAUUAUCCGAUUGACGCUCUUCCUCAAAAUCAGCCGGUUGUUAUUCCAUUGGUUGUAAACAGUAGUUACGUGUCCCCUAAUCUACGUCAUAUUCCGCCUUUGAAAUACCCGGACCCUGACGAUUCGAAGGGAACCUGGUUGAAAGAAUUUGGGAACAGAGUAUUUAAAAGGGGUGCUCAAACAUAAUGGGUCAAAAGAAAAAUGUGUAGAUAUUUCGCAAACAAAUACGACGUUUUUUUUUAUUCCAUUGACACAGUAACACGUUUAGUUUUCGAAAAAUGGUUUAAGAGGGGGGGGGGGGGGCGUAAUCAGAAGAUGCAGUCAAAACUCUUUUUAUAUAUUUUUUAUUUAAGCAUAUACAGAAAUGAUAAUAAAUUACACAAUGUAUUCUUUUAAAGAUAUACCAGACAUAUAGUUAGAAAAUAAUAAUCAUUGCACUAUAUUUUAAUUACACAGUCCAUUCUUCUUUAUUUAAGUCAUGCAGAUCAGAGUAUAUGUGCUGUAAUUUGUUCUGUAGGGGAUUGCUUUGUGUGGUACCUAUAAUCAAUUAUGAAUUUGUAGAGCGCAAUUCUUUCCAGUAAACCAUUAUUACUAGGAAAAUGACGACCGGCUAGUUCAUUUUUUUAUACGCCCACAUUUUCAUGUGGACGUAUAUUGUCGUCGCCCCGGUCCGUCCGUCCGUCCGUCCACAAUUUGUUUGUGGACAGUCUACAGGUCAUAAUUCUUCUCCGAUUUUGAC